CCCCGCUGGUGGAGCUGCGGGAGGACUGGCUUUCCAGUCAGGCGGCGUUCCCACUCUCCCUUGCCGCCGGUGUCCCGGUCCAGCCAGGUUGUUGAAGCGGCCCGCCGUAGUCCUCUGGGGUCCAGGCCCCUUUGUGGGGGCAGCUGCUGGCCCGUCCCGCCCCUGACACUGUAGUCGUGGAGGCCGGUGGAGAGGCCCAGGCUGAAAGCCGUGGGCUUCGAGGGGGUUGGCAGGAGACAGUACCAGCCCUCCUCGGACUCCGUCAGAGAGAGCUGGCGGUCACCAUGGCAAUGCGGGAGCUGGUGGAGGCUGAAUGCGGGGGUGCCAACCCGCUCAUGAAGCUGGCCGGGCACUUCACCCAGGACAAGGCCCUUCGGCAGGAGGGAUUGAGGCCUGGCCCCUGGCCCCCUGGAACCCCAGCUUCUGAAGCGGUGUCCAAGCCUUUGGGAGUAGCUUCUGAAGAUGAGUUGGUGGCUGAAUUCCUGCAGGAUCAGAAUGUACCACUUGUAUCUCGUGCCCCUCAGACUUUCAAGAUGGAUGACCUCCUGGCAGAGAUGCAGGAAAUUGAACAGUCAAAUUUCCGCCAGGCUCCCCAGAGAGCCCCUGGUGUGGCAGACUUGGCCUUGUCUGAGAACUGGGCCCAGGAGUUUCUUGCAGCAGGAGAUGCUGUGGAUGUAACUCAGGAUUAUAAUGAGACUGACUGGUCCCAAGAAUUCAUCUCUGAAGUUACAGACCCCUUGUCUGUAUCCCCUGCCCACUGGGCUGAAGAGUAUCUGGAACAGUCAGAGGAGAAGCUGUGGUUGGGAGAGCCUGAGGGAACAGCUGCCACUGAUCGCUGGUAUGAUGAAUAUCAUCCUGAGGAGGAUCUGCAGCACACGGCAAGUGACUUUGUGGCCAAGGUGGAUGACCCCAAACUGGCUAAUUCUGAGUUCCUGAAAUUCGUGCGGCAGAUUGGCGAGGGGCAGGUGUCCCUGGAGUCCGGUGCAGGGUCGGGCCGAGCUCAGGCAGAACAGUGGGCAGCAGAGUUUAUACAGCAGCAGUCUGAUGUCGAUUUCUGGGACAAGUUGCAGGCAGAGUUGGAGGAGAUGGCAAAACGGGAUGCUGAGGCACACCCCUGGCUUUCUGACUACGACGACCUCACAUCCGCUUCCUAUGAUAAGGGGUACCAGUUUGAGGAAGAGAACCCCUUGCGUGAUCACCCUCAGCCUUUUGAAGAAGGGCUGCGGCGGCCUCAGGAAGGGGACCUGCCAAAUGCUGUGCUGCUUUUUGAGGCGGCUGUGCAGCAGGAUCCUAAGCACAUGGAAGCUUGGCAGUAUCUGGGUACCACCCAGGCAGAGAACGAACAAGAACUGUUAGCCAUCAGUGCAUUGCGGAGGUGUUUGGAGCUAAAGCCAGAUAAUCGGACGGCACUGAUGGCAUUGGCUGUGAGCUUCACCAACGAGUCCCUGCAGCGACAGGCCUGUGAAACCUUGCGAGACUGGCUGCGCUAUACACCGGCCUAUGCCCAUCUGGUGACGCCUGCUGAAGAAGGGGCUGGUGGGGCAGGACUGGGCUCCAGCAAGCGUAUCCUAGGGUCUCUGUUGUCUGACUCCCUGUUUCUUGAAGUGAAAGAACUCUUCCUGGCGGCUGUGCGCCUGGAUCCUACAUCCAUUGACCCUGAUGUGCAGUGUGGCUUGGGAGUCCUUUUCAACCUGAGUGGGGAGUAUGAUAAGGCUGUGGACUGUUUCACAGCUGCCCUCAGCGUUCGUCCCAAUGACUAUUUGCUAUGGAAUAAGCUAGGGGCCACCCUGGCCAAUGGAAACCAGAGUGAAGAAGCAGUAGUGGCAUACCACCGGGCACUUGAGCUACAGCCUGGCUAUAUCGGGUCCCGCUAUAACCUGGGCAUCAGCUGUAUCAACCUUGGGGCUCACCGGGAAGCUGUGGAACACUUCCUGGAGGCCUUGAACAUGCAGAGGAAAAGCCGGGGCCCUCGGGGAGAAGGGGGCGCCAUGUCAGAGAACAUCUGGAGCACUCUGCGUUUGGCCCUGUCCAUGUUAGGCCAGAGUGAUGCCUAUGGAGAGGCUGAUGCCAGGGAUCUGCCCACCCUCCUAACUAUGUUUGGCCUGCCCCAGUGACAGUAGGAUGGGCUGCCUUGUGAGUGUCUGUCUGGAGGGGUCCCUACUCUGGACAUGACUCCCUCUCCCCAAAUGUGCCUACCAAGGGGGUGGGCUGAUGACCAUAAGCGGUACGGCCUUUCAGGAGCUGCCUCAGUGUAGGGGUGGGUAGUCCAUGUUCUAGUUCCUACAUCAUUGUGGGAAAACGAGCUGUGUUGUCUCUAAGUCCCUUGGUGUUUCAAGGGCUGUACAUCCAGCUGCAGAUCUCUCUGCUCAUCAUGCCCUUUCUUGGUGCUGCUUUUGGGUAGGACCCAACAAUAUAGGGUAACUGUUGUCAUCAGCUGCCAUUUCUGAUAGGGUCUACCGCAUUUGUAAUGUCUGUCCUUUCCCCCACUUUUACUGGUAAUGGGUAAUAGUCCAUCUUCCCUGGGCAGUUGUAUGUGAGAGGUUCUUCUGUGUACCUCCAUUGAUGACUCUCUGGGAGGGGAUGUGUCAGGAGCUGGCCUGUUUGAUGGAAAUGUUGAUUUGGCUCAGCAGAGCUGAAUUUUGGUAGUGGUGCUUGGAGUUCUGUCAUUCUUGGCCCUCUCUUGGCUGUGAGUUCUGAUUCCCUGUGAGUACAAUGCUGAUGUGGUAAUGCUAGUAACAUCAGCGGUCCUCAGGAGCUGCCAGGGUCAGUUGUUACAACAGAGAGUGGUGUGGGUGAAGGAAGACUUAUUUGUGAAAUGAGCCUAGGGGGACUAGCUGGGAUCAGACCAAGGGCUCUGUGCUGAGUCCUUUGGUGGGCGGACAGAGCAAGUGGGAAGAGGGCUGUGGUAAGUGUAGCAAUUCCUUCUCUUAGAAAGACCUGUGAGUAGGAAUCGCGCUAAAUCUUUUAGAAAGUUGGUUCAGAAAUUGCAGUCUUGCCAAAUUUCUAGCAAAGUUCAGUGUUACUAUAAGCCUUUGCUGUACUUCUUGAAAUGUUUCUAGGGGAGAGUGUUGAAAAACCUUCUUCCCCAAUAUUACCUACACAAGGUGAAGAUUGAAGAUGAUGAGAAGGGAGCAGCUUGGAUUCUUCUCACCUGUCCCCUGCAUGGGGAGAUAUGCUGACCCCCAGAAAUGACUGCUAAGCCUCUUGCCUUGUCUGGAGUAGCUAAUGAUCAGAGAGAUGUUUUUUUUAAACUACCAUGGUCCCAAGGUUACAUCCUGAAAUUUAUUUUUCUUUGUAUGAAUAUGUGUAAAUGAUUUAAAAAUAAAACUGUAAAAUAUUUGUAUGAAGAAU